UGGUGGGUGAAUAAUCUUUAUUUGGUCGUACUUUCUGCUUCCAAUCUGGGAAUUUUUCCAAGAAAACACUGACUGAAAUACAGUCAGAAUUUAUAUAUGCAUUUACAUUAGGCUCCAACAAUAAGAUUCAGCCUUUUUCAAAACUGUCACUUGCAUAGCCAAUAAACUAGUGGCUCAAAAAUCCAUUUAAUUUUCCAUACUUCCCAAAACCAUUUCAAUGCGAUGAUCUCUUUUAGCAUAUCUUCCCAAGAGAUUGCUAGUUUUGCUGUGAUGGUCCAUUUCCAGAAUCUGGCAGCAAUGCAAGAACCAUUAGGAGGCUUUGAAAUGUAGACCUUAUAAGUAGGGCAAAGGCAAAGAAGACGACUGCAGAGGGAAUGCCAGAAGCAUUACCGAGUGGAUGAGAGAAUGCAGGGAAGGAAAAUUUCCACUUCACAAAGACAUUUUAAAGAGACGGUGUUUGGGGAUGGUGAUGCCACAGAAAGACUCACAACUCAAAAUCUCACAACAGGAUUCAGUAGUUUAACAAAUUCAACUCCAAAUUGUCCCCCAGACAAUCACUGCAGACUCCUCCCGGUGGCAAUUGCCUGUAUCUGAGGAUUUUACAUCUGUCUUUCGUCACUGUCGGUACUGCCACAAAAACACUCUCAUAAAAAGGGAGGCAGAACUGCAUCAGGCUCUAAAACACCACUCAGCUCACCCCUCGCGCAACAACCCGGGUCCCUAGGGAUGCCUGGGUUGCCACCCGCCGCUCGAAGCUGGAGCGGCCGCCGGAGCCUGCGAUUGCCUGCUUCGGGCACAUCGUCCCGCCCCGACCUGUAGCUCCUCCCAGGUUUCCGUUGUCAAGGACGCGGCGUUGGUUGUUGUCAAGAUGGCGGCUGCAGGGUUGCUGCCGCCCCAUCUGCUAUUGCCCGGCGAGGUCGCCGCUGCCUCAGCUGCCAUCGCCACUACAGGCACCAGUGCCGCUGCGCGGGAGCUAGGGCUGUCGAGGCCAACCCUUCCGCGCCCGUGACGCGGGGCCUGAGAGACGGAGUGUAGGGAGGGGCCGAGCAGGAGGAGGAGGAAGCCAGAGCUGCCAUGAGGGAGGUGCUGGGGGCGAGCAGAGAGGCGGCGCUGAAGUGAAGGAUGCUGGCGGGGAGGCCCGGAACCCGGAGCGCGGUCGGGGAACUGGGCACUGAAUCAUCGGACAACCUCGACAGAGCCCCCCUCGGCCCUCGGGAGAGCGGCGGGCAUCACCGACCUGGCUCUUACCUAGAUAUGAAAAUCCAUCUGGAGAAAAAUUUAGAAGAAGAGCGCCAGAUAUUACUGCAGCAACAAAAAAUAUGUCGAAAUCGAGCACGUAAAUAUUUUGUGGAGUCAAAUCGGAGAAAAAAAGCUUUUGAGGAGAAACGAAAAGAACAGGAAGAAAAAGAACACCAAAUUAGAGAACAAAUACUUCAACAAAGAAAACAGAAGUUUGAAGAAGUUACUGAAAAAUUCCAGCGUGCCCAUGUUCCUCUUUCACAGCGGAGGAAAACAGUUUCCCGAAAACCAGUUCCUCCAUUAGAAGAGGCCCUCAAACAAAUUCAGGAAUCCAACUUAAAAUCAGAAGUAAACCUUCCCUUUUCCCAUAGACCAACAAUAAACUGGAGAGCUAUAGAUUCUGCCUUGCCUUCUGCAUUAUCAAAAAAUGAUCACAAGCAUCAGAAACAACUCUUAUCCAAAAUCAAUUCUGAGAAAGAAAUGAAUGAAAACAUGAGGGCAACCUUGGCUGCUAGCAAAAAUGUGUUCCAGCUUAAACUGGAGGAAACUCAGAAACUCCUCGAAGAUCAACAUCUAAGCAAUUUGCAAAAAUUUUGUGAUGAAGUUAAUCAGAUAACCAAUUCUGAAACCCUCUCAAGUAUAGACAGUCUUGAGGCUACAGAGCAUGAAGAAAUAUAUUUAACACUUAAUAAGGAGCAUUCCACAUCCAUCCAGCGGAAUACCAUUUCCCUCAAACCAGCAAAUAUGCAAUCAACUAAUCUCAGCUGCUUUGAUGAAGAUAAACUGGCAUUCUCUAAAACUCAACAUAUAAAUAAUUGGCUUACAAAUUUAGAUGCUUCAAAUACUCAGAAUGUCACACCUUUCUCAGAUAUUUUAAGUAAAUCUGAUGUUCUGCCUUCAUGGGAAUGUUUUAAUAGUAAAGAACAAAAUCCAUCUCCUUUGAAUGGAACAGUGGAAAGAGCCACAAAUACUGCUAAUAAUUCAGUACCCUUUGUAUCUAGCCCACCCAUAUUUGUACUAGAUAAAAAAUGUGAAAAGACCUCUGAAACUAGCACUAUGAGGACAACUGACUCCACUUCUGGAGCAUUCAAAAGAGAGAGACCGUUAGUUACUGAGAGCCCAACAUUUAAAUUUAGCAAAUCCCAAAGCACUUCAGAUUCUCUAACCCAGGAAGUGGCUACAUUUCCAGACCAAGAGAAAUAUUCUGAAUUAAAUCAAGAAAAUGGAACUACUUCAAUCCCUACUUCAUGUGUACCAGUGGCAACGCCUUUAGUUUUGCCAUCUAAUAUACAGUCAGCUAGACCUUCAGCAAAGAACAGUAUACACAUAAAAGAAAUUGAUGCAGUGCAGUGUUCUGAUAAGUUAGAUGAAUUGAAAGAUGGUAAAGAAGAAGAGAUAAAAUAUUUUAAUUGCAAUAAGGAAGAGUUGCCUUUAUUUUCAGACAGUUUUCAAGAUGCCUAUAUACCUCCCAAUCCUGAUUCAAAAGAUGAAAAACAAAAAUUAGCUGAAAUAUCAUCCUUGUCUAAUGUGACUUCUAAUUAUGACUUUGUUGGCCAGCAUAAGAAAAUGAAAUACAACAUCCAUGAGAGAAAUGGUGUGAGAUUUCUUAAAAGUAUUUUAAAGAAAGAAUCUAAAUAUGAACAUGGUUAUCUUAAGGCAUUAAUUAUAAAUCAGAGCUUUAAGUUUGGAAAUCAAAAAGCAGCAGCUAUCAGAGAUAGUAUUGAAUUAACAAAGGAAAAAGGUGCAGAAAUUCCAAAGACUAUUAAAAAACUGAGGUGGUUUGAUGAAACUAGCAAUAUAGAAAACAAUGCUGAAAACAGUCAUUCACUGAAGAAUAAAACAGGAACAACUCAACAGCAUUCUCAACAAUUCCACAUUCAAAGUGGUUCUGGAAGCAACAUAAUUAGUGUUUCUACUUGUGCUGUAAAUUCUGCUGAUACAAAGAAGUCCAGGGAGGAUUCUGUCUCUGAAAAUGUUACGACUUUAGGAGGAUCUGGAGCAGACCAUAUGCCUUUGAACUGUUUUAUACCUUCAGGUUAUAACUUUGCUAAACAUGCCUGGCCAGCCUCAAAAAAAGAAGAAAGUAAAAUCCCUGUACAUGAUGAUUCUAAAACUAAGCAAGGUAAGCCACAAAGAGGUAGAGCAAAAAUAAUUAGAAAACCAGGAUCUGCAAAAGUCCAAUCAGGCUUUAUAUGUACAAACAGAAAAGGCGCUGUCAUUCAACCACAAUCUGCAAGCAAAGUCAGCAUAUUUACACAAGCUCAGGGAAAAUUAAUUAUACCUCGUCCUCCUCCUCAAUCUACAUCAAAUAUUAGAAGUGGUAAAAAUAUACAAGUGUCUCAGUGUCAACCAGUAACUCCUGAAAAUCCUCAAAACAUUAUUACACAUAACUCUUUUAAUUCAAAACAUGUGCUUCCAACAGAACACAGUUUGAAUCAGUGGAAUCAGGAAAGUAGUUCUCCACUCUCAAAUGCUUGUUCUGACCUAGUCACUGUGAUACCAUCACUGCCAUCAUAUUGUUCUUCAGAGUGCCAAACUUUCACAAAAAUAAAUCAUUCAAAUGGCACUCAAGCAGUUGCCCGGCAAGAUGCGACAUUAUAUUGCACCCAAAGAAGUCCUGUUUGUGAAGAAAGUUAUCCAUCUGUGACUCUAAGAACUGCUGAAGAAGAAUCAGUUCCCUUAUGGAAAAGAGGGCCUAAUGUCCUGCAUCAAAAUAAGAGGGCUACAGGGUCUACUGUUAUGAGAAGAAAACGAAUUGUUGAAACUAAGCGGAGAAAUAUUUUAGAGCAGAAAAGACAAAACCCUGGAUCUGUAGAACAGAAGUACAGUGAGCAAAUUAAUAAUUUUGGACAAAGUGUCCUGCUAAGUUCAAGUGAGCCAAAACAAACUACAAGGGGUACUUCUUAUAUUGAAGAAGUUUCAGAUAGUACUUCUGAGUUUUUGAUGGCUGAAAACUUAGUGAAAGCAUCAGUGCCGGAGGAUGAGAUUCUGACUGUCUUGAAUAGCAAACAGAUACAGAAAUCAAAUCUACCUUUAAAUAAAACUCAACAAUUCAACAUCUGCACACUGUCAGCUGAUGAACAGAAGAUCCUAGAGUCCCUUAAUGAUCUCAAUGAAAGACUACAUUAUAUACAAGAAUCCAUUUGCAAAAACCCAUCCAUCAAAAAUACUUUACAAAUAAUACCACUUCUGGAGAAGAGAGAAGAUAGAACCAGCAGCUGCAGAGACAAGAGAUAAUUCCAGCAGAAUCCGUCUAAGAAGACCUUUCAUGUACUUCUCGAGGACUAGAUGCAUACCGUUUUGUGAAAACCAGCCAUAGGAAAACAUGUGAGCAACAACCCCCGUGAACAUUUGUCCUAACUCAGAUUUUGUGAGCAGUGAAGUUUAACAGAGCAGUGACAUUUAACAAAGCAGUGAAGUUUAACAGAGUUCUGAGAAUACCAUGAAAGACAUUAUGCCUGCCUAAACAAAAAGCAGGACAUAACCUAGCUCUGAAUACAUGCCACAAGGAUGAAGCUUGUGAGUAGAGCAAACAAACGUUUUUCCAAAGAAUUCACAGUGCUCCUUUGCAAUUUAUAGAUUUCAUGUUGAAAUAUAUGUUAAAUAAAAUUUCUGUUUAUUGAACCUCUUUAUUAAACCUCUAACUUACUGAUAA